CACUACAGUCCUGUCUCUAUGCAAGAUUUGUUUGGACAACGAGAGCAUCAGAAAUUCCACAGAGACCCGGAACACUCAAAGUAUGGUGACUGCAGUGUUACUACCAUCAAGCCGCACUAAAGAGACUUAUUGACUGGAGAGGAAGUCGUUUGAUAUUGGUUUUUACUAGCGGAGAGGACACUCGGUUUAUAGGUUUUCUCGUUUUAUCGUUGCUAAUACGCUAACCUCGGAGUUCUCCAGCCGGCUUCAUUAGCUUAGCUUAGCAAGCUAACGAGCUGAUGUAGCGACAGCUGCGGGGGCGCUCAUUGAAAUGCGAUGGGACCUUGUCUGGAGGAAAAUUACUUUGGGAAAUUUUACUGACUGUCUUGCACCAUGUUGCUAGCUGUUGUGAAGCUGUAAUGGAUUCGUUAAGGUGAAGUGACACACGAGGGAGGUUACCGGUCAGGUGGGGCUGCUCGGAUAGUUAUGAGCAGUUUCAACGUUACAACUAGAACCUCCACCUUUAGCUCAUCUUUGAGCAACGAUAGUAAGAGUUCAACGGUCAGCGUCCGACCCGCCAACAACAACAACAAGGACUGGGCUUUGGGAGGCGAUGUGUUCUCGUACUAUCACGAGAUGAGUCUCAUGAACGACACGAUGCAGGCAGGAAUGUCCUCCGUCCAGUCAGGACUGGAGGGACACCUGCCGCUUUUACAUGCCCGACACCACAGCGCACAGGGCGGCUUGUUGUUGGACCUGAGCUCCCCGGAUUCCUACCUCGACAGCAGCUCCCUGGAGUACAGCGACAACGAUGGCAACAACGCUGGUCCGUUGUUCGAGAGGAGGAAGAGGUCCAGGUCCAACAGCUCCAGACACCGAUUCAACGAGGUGGUCACGGAGCUCGGGCCGGAGGAGGUCCGGUGGUUUUUCAAAGAGGACAAGAAAACUUGGAAGCCCUUCGUCGGGCAUGACUCGCUUAAUAUUGAGCUCAUGUUUCGGAAGUACCUGGAGCUGAACCCUGGUGCUGCAGGCUCCCAGGUCAGCGGCGGAGAGAAGGACGAGGAGGAGAGCAGCAGUAAAGGUGUGGAGAGCAGAGGGCUCAACGGUGCAGUGCCAGUAGAGACCAGGACCAGUAGUGUGCACGGAGGUCGGGGGUCCCUGGACACUUCCACCGUGUCCUCUGAUGAGAGGGACCCUGACAGCAUUGAGAUCAGCGUGGAGCCAGUGUGUGUUCGUGGAGGGCUCUAUGAGGUUGAUGUUAAAGAGAAAGAAUGCUAUCCAGUCUACUGGAAGCAACAAGACCAUAUUCCGGUGAUGAGAGGCCAGUGGUUUAUUGAUGGUACCUGGCUUCCGUUAGAAGAAGAGGAGAGCGACCUCAUUGAGCAGGAGCACCUGAACCAUUUCCGUGGACAACAGAUGCAGGACACCUUUGAGACAGAUUUGAUUGUCAAGACUGUUGACAGCAAAGAUGUUCUCUCCCACCUACCCCCUUUCUACCUCCCUUUUCUGUUCAAAUGGAGUGGAUAUCAGACGAGUGCUAAAACUACAUGUCACAAGCGCAAACGCUGUCAAGCGAUCCACAGUCUGAAGCUGAGUCGGACACAUGUGGAUUGGCACAGCGUGGAUGAGAUCUACCUCUACAGUGAUGCCACCACUUCUAAAAUUGCACGCACCGUCACCCAGAAACUGGGCUUCUCCAAAGCUUCAAGCAGUGGUACACGGCUCCAUCGGGGUUAUGUUGAGGAGGCCUCACCUGAGGACAGACCACCUCAAACUACACACAUCGUCUUUGUGGUUCAUGGAAUCGGACAGAAGAUGGACCAGGGUCGCAUUAUUAAAAACACUGGAAUGCUGAGGGAGGGUGUGAGGAAGAUGGAGGAGAAGCACUUUUCAGAGCACAAUGAAGAACACGUGGAGUUCCUGCCUGUCGAGUGGCGCUCGAAACUCGCACUGGAUGGAGAUACGGUAGACUCAAUCACACCAGACAAAGUGAGAGGACUGAGAGACCUUCUCAACAGCAGCGCCAUGGACAUCAUGUACUACAACAGCCCCCUUUAUCGGGAUGAAAUUACUAAGGGCCUAACACGAGAGCUGAACAGACUGUACACACUUUUCUGUGCGCGGAACCCUGAUUUUGAGGAAAGAGGUGGCAAAGUGUCCAUCGUGUCUCACUCCCUCGGCUGCGUCAUCACCUAUGACAUUAUGACAGGAUGGGAUCCUGUUCGCUUCUGUCUGCAGGAGCAUCACGUUGUGGAGGAAGAGCUGGACUUGCGCUGGAUGUCGUAUGAGGAGAGGCAUCUUUUAGAACAGCUGAGGCACACAAGGAAUAGGUUGCGAGAGCUGCAAAAUCAAGUCAUCACAUUGGAGGCCUCGAAGCCUUCAGCCCCUCCGGCUCUCAAAUUUAAGGUAGAAAACUUCUUCUGCAUGGGUUCUCCUCUGGCUGUGUUCUUGGCCCUGAGAGGGAUUCGUCCGGGCAGCAGCUGUCACCAGGACCACAUUUUGCCCACAUCCAUCUGCAGCAGGCUCUUCAAUGUCUUCCAUCCGACAGACCCUGUGGCCUACAGACUGGAGCCCCUCAUCCUCAAGCAUUAUAGCAAUAUAGCACCUGUUCAGAUACACUGGUGUAGUGCCACUAACCCUACACCCUACGAUGAGAUCCGACCGACGUUCCUCAACCCAGUCAAAGAACCGACAUCUGACACUGAGAGCAUUCCCAGUCCGAGCACCUCUCCUGUUCUCCCCCGCAGACACUAUGGGGAGUCCAUCACCAGCCUGGGCAAGGCCAGCAUACUGGGAGCGGCAAGCAUAGGAAAGGGCAUCGGAGGCAUCCUCUUCUCGCGUUUCUCUCGCUCCAACAGCCAGCCCUCAGUGUCCUUAGGGCUUGAUGGAGGGGCGACUGCUGAAGAAGAUGAGCAGAAGCGCACAGAAAGCCAGUCAGCGUAUGGCCUCUCCACCAUGAUUCGACCCACCUCACCUAUUACUGACACAUCACUGGAGCUGGAGCGGCGCAUCGACUUUGAGCUGAGAGAAGGUCUGGUGGAGAGCCGCUACUGGUCGGCAGUGACCUCGCACACAGGCUACUGGUGCUCCCAUGACAUAGCUCUCUUCUUGUUGACCUUCAUAUACAAACAGAAGACGACACCCCCUGACCCAGCAGAAGAUACGCCGGAGCCAGACUGAGGCAGCACAUUUGUUACAACACACACACACACACACUUGAAUGGUGUCUUAUAGUACUGAAGGUGUUUGUCAUCUUCUCAACAAAGUCAAACGGUGACAUUGCUCAUUUUCAGAUACACUAAUUUUCCCUUUUCCUUUGUCUCCUUGUGACCUAACUCUUUCAACACUUUGGAAUCAAUACUAACAAACUGACUCAAAACUUCAUUCCAAAAUGUGCAUUUUUGUCUCUUUUUGUUGUGUUUGCACACAUUUGCACACCCUAAGGGUGACAGUUAUAGACCAGGAACCCCUAAGGAGGUGCACCAUUUGCCAGUAUGACCGCAGGCUACAUGUAAAUAUGGAAUACAAGUCUAAUGAGUCUGAUGCUUGGGAGUUUGUUGCAUCUGGUGGAUAGACUUCUAACUUCAUUAUCUAACUUAUCCUGAACUGAAACAGCUGCAGCAUGUUGAUAAAGUGUCCAUGUGUUUCCUGUUAAUCAGUGCUUAAAUCCAGCCACUCUCCCACCGACUCGGUUUGGAGCCUUGUCACACAUUUGCCUGACCCUCAGUCACUGGGGUCUCAAGUUCUGUGUCUGAUCUUUUCAACUUUUUCUUUGCUAUAAAGGAAAGAGAAAGUAACUUUCAAAACAGUUGUUUUGUUUUUUUCUUUGAGGAUUUAGCUACUACAUGUCAAAAAGCGAAUGCUAAAAAACAAUGCAAUGCCUUUCAAAGUCAGCCAAACAAUGUUAUUCAUUUUGAAUAUUUUCAAUAUUUUUCCACACAAAAUCAAAACAGCAUAGGGCAUUAUCCCUUUAAUAUUGUCUUGGCAAUAAGAAAAAUAACUGACCAUGUUAUUUUUAGUUUGUUUUUCUUAAUGUUUUAUAUCCAUUUCUAUUUCAGAUAAUUUGAUUCUACAAAUAAAUAUACACCAAAUAACCUGAGCAAAGCAAUCAUUUUAUAUAUUACAGAGUCAAAUAAAGCAGACUUUUCCUUUAUGUCGAUAUUCAGUAGCAAAACAGUACAGUUUUUGCUUUAAUACAUAGGACAAAUGUCUGUUGCUAACACAAUAGUUACAGCUAAAUAUCCUCGUAAGAUUUCAUGUUGCAUACGGAGGUUUACUACCACAUGAUGCUUGUUUAAAAACAGGCAUAUCUUCAUUGUUAAACAACAGUCCGAUAUAUUUAGUUAUUUUCUAACAGUUUAUGAUUUCACAUUACAAAUCUUGAUUUCAUUUAUAAAACAAAUUCUCAUUCAAAACAAUCACUCAUUCAAUCUAAAGUCAUACUUCUAUUUUAAAUAUAAGUUAUGGAGAGGUUUUUGUGCUCAUAUCUUUUUAUUGAUAUUCAGAUAAAAUCAGUGGUAUACUAGAUAUAUCUUUUCUUAAAAAAUUAAUAUUUUUCUUAGCAACUUUCAGGCUCUUGAGGAUAUAGACCUGGAUCUCAUCUUGGUUAAAAAUGGGAUUCCAACUUGUGGCCAAAUAACUUUUAUGUGUCUAACUUGUUAGCUGCUUAGCUUUAGUAAUGCUAAGGCUAAUGCAUCAUCCAUGAAAAUGUAAUUGGCCUAGGUAAAUAAAAAUAGAUUAUCUGUUAAUUUAGGCUUUUGUAAUAUGUUGCACACAAAAAUUAACUGCAUCUUGUUCGCCUUGUUGUCACUUUCCCCUUUUGAGCAAAGAAUAUGUCCGUUUGUCUUUGUAUUUGUGUAAAAGAGGGGUUUCUUUAUUCUUGAAAACCUGCAUGUGCCAGUCUUUUGACUGUGUGAUUGUCUAAUUGACACUACUUACAAAUUCAUUCAUAAAAGAAAAACCUAAAGGUAACUGGGGACAGCAAAUCAUGAUUUGUUUUCUUAAAAGGAUUUUUGACGUCGGUUUACCAGAGCAUAUAUAUGUAUAAGAAAAUACCGAUAGAACUUAUAUUAGUUCAUCGUCCCGGUAAGAAUUCUGCAGAAAUUAGAAUGCUUCCUCACUUUGCAUGGUGUCAUAUUAAUAGCAAAUGGAUGUUGGAACAAGAAAAUAGUGCAGAGUGCCAACACCGUCUAAGAAACUUUGUUAUAACUAUAAAACCACUCGUGAUCGUUUAUGGAUUUCUAUUGAAGUCGUUUUAAAUACAUUCGCAAUGGAUGACGAAAUGGAACUGCCCUCAUAUUAAUGUUCAUGGAGUCACGUGACAGACUUUAUUACUGUCAGUGUCAAAUUUAAUUUGUGUCCUGCUGGUUGUAACAUCAUACUUAUCAAGAGCUUAUUUUCAUUUGUUAUGGUGCAAGCUGCAGCUUUACUGUUCCACACAAGGGCUGUAGCUUAAUGGUCCACCACUUAAUGGAAUCAGUUUUUUGGGGGGUGUUUAAUGUCUGUGUUAUGUGUGCAAAGACUUACUGACUAAAACCAGGCUGCCUUGAUGAGAUGCCCGAUAGGUAACCAGGAAGUAGUAUGGAAGCUGGGACAAAUAAGGGAGAGUGAUAUGAAAGUGUUGCUAUUUGAGCUGGUGGAUCUUACACAUUCAUUUGCAAUGAAUUGCACAGAAGCUAUGUUAAAAAAAUAAAAAAACAACAGCCCAUUUUAUUUAUUCAUUUUUGCUAAUCGUGUGUUUCUUGGCAGCAAUAGAUGCAGAAAGUGAUUUCAACAUGUUACUUGAUAGGAGUCCUGGAAAUAUUACAUAUGUAGAGCAAAAUACAGUAGCAAUUCCAUUGUUGCCUCUGCAUCUUCAAAACCACACUUUGUGGGUUCAGACAAAUACGUACUGUAGGGUUGUGGACAGAACAGUGUAACAAUAGCAACAAUGUUCCUGCCAGUGUUUGUGAUUUGGCCGUGUUUCCAAAAUGUAUGUAAAAUCUGCACAUUUUGCAUUAUAGCAAUUUUUGAUCAAAGCACAGACUUUCAAAUGUGUUCACUUUGCUUGCUACAAAAAAACUAGCAAGUUAACUGGAAAGCAUUAAAGAGAAUUUUGUUAAAACACAUUGUAAUUUUGACUAUGUAAGCAUUUAAUGUACAGCAUUUUGAACGACGACAGUAUAUUUUUCUUGUUAAAGGCACCACAAGCAUCAGGGAAAUGUCUGCUGUUACGUGUUUUGUAGAUUCGACACUCUUGUUGAUGCCAGAUUGAAGCCAUUAUUAAGUAAAACAAUUCAGCACAGAUGUCACUCUUUAAACUGUUCACAAGUGGAUGAAUAAGUUCUGUAUGGCUUGCGGCCAUAUGUAGUCAGACGUGGUGGGGGGGUGAAAAAGAGAUGCACAUUAAAACUUACUGCGUUGAGUGAAAUGUGUUAAACAGGUAACGCUGUUGCUUCGACUUUGAUCGGAUGUCUGGAAAGGUGUUCUGUGUCUGUCCCUAGAGCUGUGCAAUAACCCAUGCCUGUAAUGGAUUCUAACUGCCAUCCAAAGCACUGUAUUUAUUUCCUUUUAUUAAAGCAUUUCUUUUUGGAUACAAUCA